GAGAACCACCCCUAAUAGAUCGAUGCUACCAACGACCAAUAAGGUGUGAGUAGUAUUUUUCAGCAGCCAAUCAGAGUGGAAACAUGUGUUUAGACGCUGUGCAGUGCUCUGAACCCGACACGAGCGUGUAGGUUGGCUGUUGUCAGAUUUUGCACUGAAGAAGAAUUGGCAGCAGCCCAUACAAUGUAGUUCUGCUCCUCAACUAUAAGUUUACUAGGCCAAGUGGAAUAAACCGUUUAGGACGGUGCAUACAAGUUUGUGUUUUUUCACACAGAACUAUAACGGCUUUUGUUGAAGUAAUUAGUUUAGAAAAACUUCACUAUCAUCACAAAAGAAAGUAACGUUCGUUAGCUGACUAGCUAGCGAGUGUGCUAAAUUAAAAUAUUUCCAUAAAAACUUUAUUUUUUGACGGUUAAGUUGGACGAAAACCUUUGCUGGAGUAUCAGCUUUAGGUAAACGCUGGGGUUUGCGAGAUUCGUGAGCUUUUGAAAGACUUUUUAAAGCUCUAAAGCGCCUGUGGGAAUGUCGUGUCGGAGUGGAGUGACCCGGGUGGGUAAUCAAGGACUGCAGCCCCUCCGAGCCACGGUCCCGUUUCAGCUGCAGAACCGAACAGCACCGCGCUGCUGCAAAGACACCAAAACAGCCGAGUGCAAGACGAAGGGCCGCCCGCCGAAGCCAACCUUGCGACGCACAUUGUCUCUGGACACUUUGGUGGGACCGUACCUGCAGGGCAGUUGGCCGAGGGAACCAGAGUGUCAGCCCGUUACCUGUGUCAAUGACAAGGCCACACAGACUCCUAGUUCCUGGAUAGAGGAGACAAGGGGGCGGAGAGGGGGCGGUGGUCACAAGCGCUCGGCAUCAUGGGGUAGCGCUGAACACCUUCGAGAGGUUGCUAAACUUCGCCAGUCCUUACAAAAACGCUCCAGACAUGCACCUCCUGCCAUGGACUGUGACCACACUCACCAACACAUGCACACCAGCCAAACACACACACCUGGAAGUACACAGACGAUGCCCCUCGUUCCACUGAGCCGAUUGGCCCCCAGACUGAGACGCAGUGUGGAAGGACUGAACCUGGAGCUGGAGGGAGUCUUUGUGUCUGAAACAGCAAAGGAACAGCACAAAAUCCUUGAUGUACCAGAUGGUCACAGAGCCCCCGUCCCAGCUCAGAGGUACAGCAGCGCUUCACAGAGUGACCCUUCUCCUGCCCAAAUGUCCCCAUCACACUCUCCCUGCACCAUCACAGAUGCCGAUAUGAUUGUGUGCGGGCCGCUCUGUCCGCCUUCCUCUCCUCCUCUAUGUAUGUCUGAGCCGCCGUCCUCAUCUCCUCGUCCCAACAAGACGUACGUCUUCCAGAGAGAACCUCCAGAGGGCUGCGAGAGAGUACGUGUGUCCGAAGAGGCCAUCCUUGCCUGUCAUGGAAAUGCCCCUCUUCAGCCUUCCUGCCCUGACCCAAACAAGGUGAAUUUCACGCCUCACGGUGGCUCCGCCUUCUGCCCUGUCAGUCUCCUCAAGCCCCUCCUCCCUUCAAUGGACCUCUUAUUCCGCGGCCUGUCUGUUUCCCCCGUCACUGGCUGUUCGGCUCAAAGUGCCGCCCCCUGCCAGACACCGGGACAUGGUGUGGGUGGUUAUUUGAGCGGCGCCCUCCCAGACCCUACCGCCACCUCUCUGUGAAUGGGGGACAUGCACAGCAAAAAGAAAGAAAAACAAAAGAAUGGUGUGCCUUUGUUCCUAUCAUCAGAGACUUGGACAUUAAAGCGUUUCAGAGAGAAGUAGCUUUUCUAGAAACAGCUCAUGCCAUCCACCCGGUAAAUGAUUUGUUUUGAUCGGCACAGAGAUUUAAAAAAUCAUGAUGGAAGAAUGAAAUGGACAACUUUUCGUCCACUAUAGUGGACUCUCUCCAAUGUGAUUUGCCGGCGACCUUUUGAUCUGAGGACACUCCACUUGGCACUUGUGAUCAUUUUGUUUCACGUUAUAGCAAUUACCUAUUGGUAUGUUUCCUCUAAUUUCUAUAAAACUAUAUUGAUGACUAUU